CAUUGCGCAUCACCGUGGAUUACUACAAAUUAAGAGCAUAUACCAUCCAUUAAUAAAUUAUUAAUCCUAAUUAUUAAUUUCCUUUCUUCUUGCCAGCCUUUUAUAAAUAAUUUAUUAUUUUCUUCUCAGACCUUCCUGGUUUUUCCACUCAUGGGUGGCCAUAAUGUCCUUUUCCAAGUCGUGGCAACCAAACGGCUCCUUCUUCCUUGCGUGCAUCAAAAGCCGUGCAUGUGAUUUGCCUCACGGGCCGCAAUAAAACACUAAAACACGGGGGAAAGAAUGACCUUUCUAAUUCUGCACACUGACACAAACCUCCGCUGCAUUCCUGCCUCUUCAGUCCACACAUUGGCUUCACUGUUCAGCCUUUAUUUACCACCUAAACUUUACGGAGCGCCGUGUUUCUCUUGUGCGUGUGAACAGCAACAACAAUAAAAGGGGGCAAAAUCUCGUGUUUUGAAACCCAAGUAAUCAGAUUAUAUUUUAAUUUAGCAAAACACUAUGAUAAAUUGUAAUAACUUGAAGUGCUUUCUUAAGAGGAGUAAAUUCUAAUCCACCGACUGCGUGCUGACGACAACAGGAAUUGUUCUAAUGAAACAAAAAGCUUUCACAAAUCCGAUGCACAUGCUGUUUCUGACAUCGUGAGCAUGACAAAUGAAGAAACUAACCGCACCAAACAGCAAAUCUAUCACAUUUCGGCUCUCAUUUAUAUUAUAAUUCAAAUUUAAUGUUGCAGUUAAAGUUAAAAUAAUUCCAAAAUGUAGCUUUUAGUAACAUAAUCACCUCUGCGUGGCAUUAAAAUACUCUGAGGGAUGGAAGUUAUUUUUAUUUUUUUAGGAUUUAGGACUCCUCUCCUGAAACAUUUGUUUGCUGUCGGUCUUAAUCAACUGAUUCGUUACUUAAUAUCAAGAAGAUAAGGGAUAAAACAAUCCCAGGGCGGCAAUAUUGAGACUUUACAGGCUGCAACUUUUGCGCUUUUAUUUGCCCCAAAUCUGUGCGACGCGGAUGUCACAUAUGGCCACGAAGGGGAAACUUUUAUAGCACCAGCUACUUCCUCCUCUUUGUUGUUGUCUCUUUUAUGGUCCAUUCAGGAUCCCAAACAACAGACCAAACAGUGUUGCACGUUUAGGCUGCACGUAUUCACUCUAUUGAAGAAAUCAAUGAGGUGACGAACCAAUAGGCUGCUGCAGCGCACAGCGACUCCACAGACAUGUUCAAUAGCUUCAUUGAUUAUUAUAUUGGUAUCUAUUAUGGCUUGUUGCAAAACGCCAAGAUAAUGUGAAAUAUAGUUCCAAGUGCAUGCAUAUAAAGUUUAAAAUUCCAUUUGGCUUUAAAAACGUUUUCCCGAGGAUAAAAGGCUGCUGGGAUAAAAUGCGUCAAGCUUUUAAAAAGUGAUUUAAUUAUAUUGAAGACAGAAAACUCAGACUGGGUGACGCUGUCUUUUAGAAUAUCACAAACGCUAGAUUUAGAGGCAGAACAUUUCGCUCAGAGAGGAGUUUAAGUUUUGCUAGAUUUGCGCAAAAACACCUCCAAAGUAAGUAAUAUUCAAACCCAUCAUUUGCUGCCCAGAUAAUUAUCGGUUCUCGUUUCCUCUGUGUGUGUCAGAGGAAUGUUGAAGUAUGAUCAGAAAAAAGGAACGAGGGGAACAUCUGCAUAAGCAUUUUAACACGCUGCAUUUUUUUUUCUGUUCUGAAAAACAAAGCACCUGAAGUGUGCAUUUUAUUGUUAGACGAGUUAAAGAGACUGACUGUACCUGAGCCGCUCACCGGCCACAGCUGGCCUGUGGAGGAAUUUACAUUAUUAUUUUUUGGCUGAACACUCGCACAAUUGAUUAGAUUUUUCAAAAUGGUGGCAAAAGUCAUCCUCUCAGACGCAUUAUUUAACUAAGUCGGCCGUACCUUUGCGCGAUCCUCCCCCCUUUUUUUAUUUUUUGGCUUUGCCCUCCACAUGCUGAUCAGUGCUUUCAUUGGGGAGCCUGGGAGAAUUGCUCGCCUGUGUUGCGAGGCUUUGCUGCAGAGAUAGUUGUUGGUGAGCUGGGGAACGUCACUUGUUUUAUUGCCCUCACAGAAGAGAGACCAUAAACGCAUUCUUACCACCUACACCCUCCCCCAGUUCUCUGCAAAAGCAUGGAAAUUGCUCACAUGCCCUGAUAAUUCAAAGGGAACCUUAUUAAGGGGUAUUUAGGGAAGCAGAGACUGAGAUAAGCAAAUAAAUGCCAAAAUAUCUCAAUCCUCGUACAAGGGAAGCGGAUGGGAGCUUGUAGUUGUUGCAGCAUGUAUGUCUGCAGUGGUGUUGUGAAAUAAAAACUGAGUACAGGACACACACACACACACGCACACACACACACACAGAGAGAGAGACACACACACACAGACCCACACACAAUCACUCACACAGUAACUUCAGUUGAGGUUUUUGCAUUCUCUCUGCGUAAAUGGAUUAAAUGUUUCCGAGUUGCUCUCUUUUAAGACAAAUUUGGACCUGAUUCCACGUGUUUUUAAUCCAAUUUCAUCCUCCCCUUGAAUGUAAUCACUGUAUUCUGGAUGACAUUGGCCACAUCCUGCAUCGUGCUUUCUCCUUAAAACGCCACAUGCUCUUAAAACUAAAGCCAAAUACAGAAAGAAAAAAACUUCUCAUCCAGCCAAGCUGCGUAUAUAGUGUGCCACUCCAAGUCUACGCUGUGUUUAUCGGCAUUUAGCACUAAUGUUCAAGCUCUGAGCUAAAAGCUACAGUUUCUCCUCAACUCCUGCCUCUCAAUUGGUGGAGAACGGUCAGCUGACAUUGUCAUAUUGUCUCUCACCGAGCCAAGCCUCGGCUAUAACACUCGGGUUUGUGCGUCUUAACCGGAGAUUGGAAAUUAAUAAUAUUGAAUCCUCAAAGUAGCCCACGGUCUAGUAAGAGAGGCAGAAAAGUCGAGGGAAAAAAAGAAGACCUUGGAGAAAGGUGUGGUUGGUUGACACACACACUCACGGGAAGGAGAUUUACUGAGAAGGAGAUUGAAAAGAGACUCGAUAAAGAAGUGGGGAGAGUUGGAGAGAGGGUUACCAGCAAGGUAUGAAUUCUUAUUUCGCAAACCCGUCGCUCUCCUGCCAUUUAUCCGGUGGUCAAGAUGUUUUGCCUAACGUGCCCCUAAACUCCACCACCUAUGACACAGUGAGACAUUUUUCGUCGUACGGUGCAGCUGUGACCCAGAAUCGGAUAUAUGCACCUUUCUACUCCCCUCAAGAUAAUGUCGUUUUUGGCUCUGGCAGGGCACAGUAUGAAUAUGGAUCAAACGUGUUUCUUCAAGACAAAGACGUGCUGCCCAGCUGCAGGCAAACAAACAUGGGACUCAAUACACAAAGCCACAUUGCUCAAGAGUACAGUCUGGAUCAAGGAAGAGCAGGAGCUCAGGAGCAGAAAACUAACAUCCCGAUCUACCCGUGGAUGCAGCGAAUGAACUCACACAGCGCAGGAGUCGGCUACGGGACAGACAGACGCAGAGGACGUCAGAUAUACUCUCGUUACCAAACGCUCGAGCUGGAGAAGGAAUUUCAUUUCAAUCGCUACCUGACCAGGCGCAGACGCAUCGAAAUCGCCAACGCGCUUUGUUUAACGGAGCGCCAGAUCAAAAUCUGGUUUCAGAACCGACGCAUGAAAUGGAAGAAAGAGAGCAACCUGACCUCCACGGUGACUGGAAGUGAACAGACAGGAGCCUCUCAGGAGGAGGAACGCAAUGGCGAAAUGGAAGAAGGGAAGGAUGAGGACAAGAAGAAAGAAUAAAAGAAGAGUAGAGGGAAAAAAACACACCUUGGUGACCAUUAAAACCCAACAUAACUACCUAAAAAUCUAUAUGGACUUGAGAGCGACUUCACUGCAUGAUGCUACCCCGCAGCUCUCCCACUUUUAUCUCAUGUUGAGUUGAGGAGUGUUGAGCCUUAGAAAUCCGAAUUAUUUCAACCACAGUAUAUCCCCCUUUGUGACAUUUGGGGCAUUGACUUUCUUUUUUAUUAUUAAUAACAUUAUUGCGAUGUCACACUUGUAUUGUGAAAAUAAAAAGAAGUAUUAAUUUCUACGUUAUUUCCUAUACCAGGAAAAUGUGUGUAUUUACUCCCCUACACCCCAUCCAUCACUGUGAACUCUUUGAUCAACCCACUAAAUACAGUGUUGGUCUGACUUUACCCAUUAUUGUACAUGCACAUUCCCCGGGAGGAAAAGGUAACCGGCCGGACACUUGAUCACAGUAAUAAUCUACUACUUGAAUUGUUCGCAAAAGAAGAAGAAGAAUUUAAAAAAAAGUGCCCUGCAUUAACCUUCAAAGUUGCACGGAGAGUCUCCAGUCCACACACAAAACACACGUGAAAUGCCUGUAUAUAAUGAAAGUAUCAGUAUAAUAUGUAAAUCCAGUGAACACUUAUGUGCAUUUAGCCGCUUCGAUAGACGCUGCAAAACAUACAAUUGCGCUUAGCCCCCUCCUCUCUUCCUUGUUUUUAUUUUUAUUUUGAAUCAUUUGACACAAUAGGCUUCCUUGUGAGAUAGAUUUGUACACUAGUAAUUCUUCACUUUUGUUUGAGAGUUACAAAGUCAUGUUUUUGUCAUAAUUGUGUAUCAUGGAAUAAAAUAUUUGUAAAACUUU